AUGGAGGCUACUUGGCACACUCUACACAACAGGUACAAGCCUGAAGUUGGGGAUAUUGUGGUUGGCCGUAUCACUGAGGUUGGUCAAAAACGUUGGAGAGUGGAGCUCAACUCUACGCUUGCUUUCAUGACUAUUCCUGAUGGUGGUCUUAAGUUUUGUCGGUACUGGAAGAAGAGGCGAAGAACGUCUGAAGAUGAACUCAAUAUGCGAAAUAUCUUUGCAGAAAAUGAUGUCAUUUGUGCCGAAGUGCACGAAUUUCAGCGCGAUGGCAGCUUGAUUAUACAUGCUAGAAGUCAGAAGUAUGGGAAGCUUCUGAAGGUUGAUCCUUACUUGGUUAAGAGAAGUAACCAUCACUUUCAUUACGUUGAAAGUCUUGGGAUCGAUUUGAUUCUCGGCUGCAAUGGUUUCAUUUGGGUCGGGGAACACGUCGAGUUCAGAAAUCAUAUGAUUGUGACCAACAACACAGGAAUGGAGCAAAGCCCAUACUCCACUCGAGACUAG